AUGACAUCCUAUCCCCGUCCAGACUUCCAACGCACCUCUCUAAACUGGAGCACCCUAGACGGCCCCUGGACCUUCACCUUUGACGACAAAGACGAAGGCUUAAUCUCCCACUGGCCCAAAACAAGCCUAGAAAGCACUCAGCGCCAACAAAUCAACGUCCCCUACGCAUUCCAAACCCCAGCCUCAGGCAUAAACCUUAUAGAAGCCCAUGAAGUCCUCUGGUACGAGCGACGCAUCAGCGACAUCCGCACAGCAGCGGAAAAAGCAGCCGGCAACAGACUCCUCCUGCACUUCGGCGCAGUCGACUACGAAUGCUCCGUCUGGGUCGAUGGCGCGCUGGUCGGCGGCCACCGCGGCGGCCAUGUCCCUUUCGAUAUUGAUGUCUCUGAUGCGCUGAAUGGCCCGGACGCCCGUCUUACGCUCCGCGUGCGGGACUCCCCGUUUGAUAUGACGCAGCCGCGCGGGAAGCAGUUCUGGGGCCCGGUUCCGGAGAGUAUUUUCUAUACGCCUAGUGGGGGGGUCUGGCUGAGUGUUUGGCUGGAGAGUGUCCCUGCUGCGCGGAUUCUGUGUGGGAGUGGGGGGACUGUGCUGCGGGGUGAUGAUAUUGAUGGUGGAAGGCUGCGGGCGAAGGUGGCUGUUGGAGGGAGGCGGGUUGGCAGUGUUGCGAGAGUUGAGAUUGAGGCCCGGCUUGAGGGGUUGAGUGUUGGGAAGGUUGAGGGGGAGCUGCCGAAGGAUAAGGAGUUUGUGGCGCUUGAUUUGGGAAUGAGGGUUUCUGAGGCUGUGCGGGCUGAGUUGAAGGAGAAGGAUGGAGAGGUGUUUGGUGUUGAUGGGGUUUGGCAUGGGGAUGUUGCGGUCUGGGCGCCAGAGCAUCCUGUUUUGUAUGAUGUUACACUUCGGCUGUUUGGUGGGUCUGGGAAGGUGGUUGAUGAGAUCCAGACUACGGUGGGUAUGCGCAGCUUGUCCUGGCAGAAUGGAGAUGGUACUUUCCGACUGAAUGGAAAGCCGUACUUCCAGAUGCUGUUCCUGGACCAAGGGUACUGGCCUGAAACGGGGAUCACGCCUCCUUCUUCUGAGUCUCUGAAGACGGAUAUUGAGUUGGCAAAGAGAAUUGGCUUCAAUGGCUGCCGGAAGCAUCAAAAGGUCGAAGACCCCCGCUUUUUCUACUGGGCAGACCGACUUGGCUUCCUUGUUUGGGGCGAGAUGGCCAAUGCAUAUGAAUUCGGUGAUCAAUAUAUUGAGCGAUUCACUGCCGAGUGGACCGAAGCUGUGAAGAGAGACAUCAACCACGCAUCAAUUGUCACCUGGACGCCGAUCAAUGAGUCUUGGGCAGUGUCUGCAUUGAAGGAGAACAUUGAGCAACGCAAUCACAUCCGCGCGCUAUACUACCUAACCAAGAACCUUGACCCCAGCCGACCAAUCAACGACAACUGCGGCUGGGAGCAUGUCAAGACAGAUCUCACAACCUUCCAUGACUAUAGCGACUCGGCCGAGCUAGCGGAUACAUGCGCCAGCAUGCCGGGCAUUCUCGGUCCGAAGGCCGGACACGACAUGUUCUCUAAACCAAUCUACUCGGGCUACUCAGGCACCGUGAUGCUAGAUGAAGGCGCACAUCAUACCCCUGGAGCGCCAGUGAUCUGCAGCGAGUUUGGCGGCGUCAAUAUCGCACCGCCGAAGGACUCUGCUGCUGCCGGCGAACGGGACUGGGGGUAUACGACAGCGAGUGAUCCGGGUGAUUUUCUGGUGCGCUUUGAAAAGCUUGUUAUGGCUGUUGUGAAGCCCGGGCAUAUCUGCGGUCUUGUGUGGACUCAGCUGUGUGAUAUCGAGCAGGAGGUCAAUGGUCUGUAUACCUAUAAUCGUAAAGAAAAAGUUCCUGCCGACAAGGUGAAGGCUAUCAUGGAUGCGGCGAAGGAUCAUUACUAUCGGCAUCUCACGGCCCAUCACUCGAAGGGAUUCAAGAAGCUUUUAGAUCAGUAUAAGCAUAUGGUACAUCGA